CCUGCCUGCCAGCCUUGGCAAAGAAAGAAAGAAAGCAAGCGAUGAAAACAGGAAUCGGUAGCAAAAGCAGCAGCAGCUAAAUAAGCAGACGCCGAAUUAGAAAUGUUUACCAUUUAAGCGUCGCUUAAUAGAAAUACUCUCACGUACGCGUCGCUCUCUCAGUUUCAGUCUCUUGCGAUCGUUCGCUCGCUCGCUCUCUCGCUCUUUCUCUUCCUGCUCUGCUCUGCGGCUGAGUUAAAGUGAAAGUUUUCUACACAAAAGUGGCGAAGGUCCGUUAUCUUGGCCGCUGCUCGACUACGGCCCCACUAACUCCCAAUCAGACACACGCGGAGCGUUCAGUUGACCGGACGCACACGGCUGGCCAUGGUCGAGAAACUGCUGUGAAAGAGAUUCCCCCCCGUAAAGAAGAGACUAUACUAUAUAGAGUCGUGUUGUGUGUGCUCGAGCAACUGUAAAUUCGCGAAGUCCGACCGAAAGCUUUAUUCAAACAAAGUGCGUCCAAAACAUAUGCAUAAUAAUCGAAAAGUUCUCGAUUCGCGAAUCGGUUCGGUGCGGAGAACGCGUUCGUUGCCCAAGUCGUUUGUUUAGCUUAGCGGUUCAUUGAGGGCGCGCUGUUACGACACAAUUGUGUGUGUUAGUGUGUGUGUUUUCGCACUCCCAUUUCGAAAUAAUCCAAGCGAAUAGUACAUAUAAUAAGCCAGAAGCGUUCUAGGCCAGAACUCCCCGAGCAGCCAGUGUCCAGCCAGCUAGCGCGCCAGCGAGCCACCAACAAACAUGUUUAAGUGGGUUACGCCGGCCACAGCGGCGACAUUGUCCCGCACAACAACAGCAACAACGGCAGCGACAACCAGAACAGCGUCAGCGUCAAGCACAACUGCAAGAACAACAAAACCACAACUACUUUCCAUCGCUUUAACAAGUUUAAUAAUAAUAGCCGCAUCAUUUGUGCCGACAACAAGUGGAUUUAGAUCAAUUGAAACGAACGGCGCUGGACGAAAGCUGUUUGGUGGCUACCGCAUCACACCCAAGCACUGUCGUGCCACAAAGACGCUGCCCAGCUCGGAUCCCCGAUCGAAUGGCCCCACCAUCUGCAUGUUCAAUCACGAGUGCGCCCAGCGGGGCGGCGAGGUGGUGGGUGCCUGCAUGGACGGCUUCCUGUUUGGCGCUUGCUGCCAGAUUCCAGCCACACACGAGCUGGCCAGCACGCUGAUCAAUGAGGCGCAGAACGCCUACUUCCAGCAGCACCAACACCAGCAGCAGCAGCAGCAGCACCAGAAGUUGCAGCAGGCGGCAGAGUCCUCCUACGAGCAGCACCAGCAGUCGCUGAAUAGCGCAGAGCAAACGGCCACGCAGCCCUCUCAGAAUAUCUACGAUGAACAGAACCUCAACAAGGUCUAUCAGCAGUUGGGCAGCAGCAGCAGCAGCAGCAGCACCAGUCCGAGCAGCACCAGCCCCAGCAGCCCACCCAGCAAUAGCUACAGCGUGGAGCUGCAGCAGGACCCAGAGCCAGAGCCGGAGCAUCCCCAGAACGAGCUUGUCUAUGGCAGCAGCACCUCCACAGAGGGAUCCACUCUGUCGCAAUCAUCUUCCUCUAGCGUAGAGUUUGAGCAGGAGCCAACUGCUCAACAGUCGCCAGCCAACGAUGAGAUUAUCUCGACCGCUAUGAAUUCCCAGAAGGUGCAGCAGCUACAGCAAGAGCAACAGCAACCCAUUCUGCCGCCCAAUGUUCAUGUGCACAAGCACUCGGUGACCAUCAACUCGCCCUCUUCGCCACCCCAAAACGAUGAUUUUGUGAUGCAGGUGCUCAGCACAUUGCCCCCCGAGCAUGCCGACGAUCAUCGCAUCUUCUUCACGACGGAGGUGCCCAUGAAGAUUGCCAGCGGCCUGCAGGAGCAGACCAGCUCCGAGUCCAACUCCUUCGAGGAAACCCCAUCUACGCCGCCAGCCAUAAAGAAGCCCACAGAGAAGCCCAGGCCGAAACCUGUGCCGCAAUUGGCGGAGACGAUGAAGCGACCCAUUCAGCAGCUGCUGCAACAGCAGCAACAACAGCAACAACAGCAGCAGCAGCUGCAGCAACAUCACCAGGAACAACAGCAGCAGCAACAGCAGCUACAUCACCAGCAACAGCAGCAACUACAGCAGCAGCAGCAACAACAGCAGCAACAACAGCAGCAGCAACAUCUCCAGGAACAACAGCAGCAGCAGCAGCAGCAACAUCACCAGCAGACAGCGAAACCUCAAUCAAAGCCAAAUCCGAAGCCUGCGAAUGCGCACCACCACAAUCAUUUGAUCCUGGAUGGCGGAGAGUUUACACACAGCGAUAUCACCCAUCCGGGAGCUGAUGCCGAUCUUGUCGAGGAUCUUCAGUUCUCCACCGGCUACGGACCACAGCCUGUAUACGCAGACCCACCCCAGCAACAGCAGCAACAACAGCAGCUGGAGGAGCAGAGUUACAUCUCCAAGCGGCCAGCGGCAGCAGGUCAGACUCAAAGUCAGGGCACCACCGUUUCCUCGAUCACCACACACGUGGACUCUAUCGAGUCGAUCAUCCUGCAGCUGAACAACACAAGCCAUGGACCCAGCUACAAUGUGGUCAGCCAGCAGACGCCCUCGUAUGGCGACUAUCCAGGCCAGGCCCAGAGCGAGGCUACAGCCGAGGCAAUCACCGCACAGCCACCGCCAGCCAGCUACUACCAGGAGAGCGAAGCCAUGGAGGCGGAUAAGGGUCAGGACUACGGCUACACGAGCACAGUCAGCUACGAUGCCACCUACGACAAGGUGUCCGAUGAGCAGGAUGCCUCCGCUGCUGCCAGCCAGUCUGCGGAGUCGCCCACAGCGAUUCCCGCGUACGGGGAGGACACCUCGGCGGUGUUUGAGGAUCACACGAUGCCCGCCAAUGGCUACCACGAUGCCAUGGCUGAUGGGGCGCACCAGACAUCAGAGUUUAACAAGAUGCCCGUGCCGGUUGUGGGCAUUGCCUAUCCCGUGGACAUGUCCUACCUGGAGGAGGAGGAGAACGAUGCUCCAGCCGGCUACGGACAGCAGAGCAGCGGCUCCUACGAGGCCAACACAGAGUCCAACUACCAGAAGCUCUCCACUGUCGAGACGGAGCAGCCGCAGCCCCAACCAGUGCCCACCUACGUGCGUCCCACGACAAAUGCCAACAAGCCGAACCGUCCCGUGGCCUCGUACAUUGGCAUGGUGACCAUGCAGCACUACAACCAGCAGCAGCAGCAGCAGGCAUCGCUGGGAGACCAAUACCAAUCCCAAUCCCAAUCCCAGUCCCAAUUGCAACCACAGGUGCCCGCCGAGGUGUCUGUGUCCUCGCACACCACCAAGGUGCAGGAGCAGUAUGACGAGACCUCGCACGGCUAUCAGCCACAAACGACGACACCUGUGGCACAGCGGCCGCAGUACGAUGAAGUCCUGGAAGAUGCCUCCUCAGAGCGACCCGUGCUGAUAACGGCCAGUCCCAGACCUCGCCCCAAGCCAAGCACAAAGCGUCCGGGCGUGAAGCGACCCAUCAGCCAGGAGAAUACCAAACAGAAGCCACAGCCACAUGGCAGCUACGAUGCCGAGGAAUCCCCCAUUACGCACAUUCAGAUCAAGAAGCCCUCGUCCAGCUACAACAAGGAGCAGGAGACGGAACAGUCUGGCUAUCCCAGACCAGCAGUCGCUGGAAGCAGCUCCUCGGCACGUCCGGGCAUCAACUAUGAUCAGCCAGAUCCACCCUCGGCUCCCGCCUCCAGCUCCAGCUACGAUCAGGCCGAGACGUCCAGCUACGGCCAGCUGCAACCAGAGGCUCCACUCACACAAUUCGAUCAGCCACAGCCACAGCCAGCCCUGGGCUACAAUGAGCAGUCGGUGGCCAGUUCGCCGGGUCGCCAGCCCUCCACAUCGAAGCCCGUGGCCACGAGCUAUGUGACCGGACCCAGCACGCCCCGACCGCCCGCCACCGUCGACUACCACUACGACAAUGUGCCGCCGCUGUUCAUGGCCGACGACAAGUUGGACGCAUUCAUCCAGAGCACGGCCGAGAACAUUGUGGGCUCCACGCCGGGCAACUACCAGCCCCCGCUGGUGGCCACCGCAUCGACGCCCGCCUACGCACAUCGCCCCACCAGCAGCAGCGGAGCAGGCAGCUACGGAGGCCACAAGAAGCCCACUUUCGUGCAGAUCAAUGGCACACCGAGGCCGCCACGUCCCACGGUGCUGAUCACGCCCAAGCCCUCGGGCUCUACCUCGUUCGUGUACAAUCAGAUAGUGACCCGACGACCGGCAGGUGCACCGGUCAGCUCCAAUGACUUCGAGGAUCCCGGCUACUUUGGCGGCAGCCCCGCGCACGUGUCUUUCACGCAGUCCACAGCCUCGGAGUCGCCCUAUCCCGCACCCUCCGACGACAAGCCCGCCUUCCCGGGCUACUUUGGGCCCACGCCUUCGUAUCCUGCCUUCUCGGUGCCCGGAGAGAAGGUGGGCCCCAGUGCCAUGGAGGAGACGUACACCUCGCCGAAUGACUUUGUCAACUUCCCGCCGGUGCGCAAUCCGAACCUGAACAUGUCCGCCGUCUCCAGUGCUGUGACCAGCGACGUGGAUCUCUCCACGCCCGCCUUUGUCGAGGAUGUGGUGCUGAAGGACAAGAUGCACACGCUGGUCCACAAGCUGGUGGCCUCGCUCCAGGGCAACUUUGAGGCUCUGGCCGACAUGAUUGAUGAGCCAACGGGCAACAGUUCGGCAGCCACCUAUCAGGCGGGAGCGGGAGCUGGAGCUGGAGCUGGAGCUGGCGGAGUAACCACUGCCACCCGCAAGCCCACGCGUAAGCCCGUGCGAGUGGCAUCCACGGCCAAGCCCAAGGCGACCACCAAGAAGCCCGUGACACGAGUCUCCACCAAGGCGCCCAACAAGAAGCCAUCGGCCAGCAGCACCACCCGCAAGCCGGGCACGCGGCGCACCACUGUGGCACCCAAGACGACUGUCAGCACCCGGAAGCCUGCAGCCACGAAGAAGCCCACACGACGCGUCAGCAGCACCGUAAAGACGACCACCGUGAGCUCGGCUCGGCCCGCCGACGAUGAGAUUGUGGACGAGGAGGACGAGGAGGAUGUCAAUCCGAAUCCCAGCGACAACGAAAUCGGUCAGGGAUCGACACUCAGCUCCUACGGCGGAGCGAAUGGCCGCAAGAUCCAGUGCGGCGUCCGACCACAUGUCAAGUCCGGCCGCAUUGUGGGCGGCAAGGGCUCAUCCUUUGGCGCCUUCCCCUGGCAGGUGCUGGUCCGCGAAUCCACCUGGCUGGGCCUGUUCACAAAGAACAAGUGCGGCGGUGUCCUGAUCAACAGUCGCUACGUCGUCACCGCUGCCCAUUGUCAGCCUGGCUUCUUGGCCUCGCUGGUGGCCGUCAUGGGUGAGUUCGAUAUCUCUGGCGACCUGGAGAGCAAACGUUCUGUGACCAAGAACGUGAAGCGCGUCAUUGUCCAUCGCCAAUAUGAUCCGGCCACGUUCGAGAACGAUUUGGCUCUCCUCGAGAUGGACAGUCCCGUGCAGUUUGACACCCAUAUAGUUCCCAUUUGCAUGCCCAACGAUGCGGCGGACUUUACGGGACGCAUGGCCACCGUUACCGGUUGGGGGCGACUCAAGUAUGGCGGCGGUGUGCCCUCCGUGCUGCAGGAAGUGCAGGUGCCGGUUAUCGAGAACAGCGUGUGCCAGGAGAUGUUCCACACUGCGGGCCACAACAAGAAGAUUCUCAACUCGUUCCUGUGCGCCGGCUAUGCCAACGGCCAGAAGGACUCGUGCGAGGGCGACAGUGGCGGUCCAUUGGUGCUGCAGCGUCCCGACGGGCGCUACGAGCUGGCUGGCACCGUUUCGCAUGGCAUCAAGUGCGCGGCGCCAUAUCUGCCCGGUGUGUACAUGCGUACGACCUUCUACAAGCCCUGGCUGCGCAGCAUAACAGGAGUCAAAUAAGGAGCUGCCAGCAACAGCAACAGCAACAUUAGGGGGCAGCAGCAUCAGCAAGUGUAAAUAGAAAGUAGAGUUUAAAGAGUUUUGUGGACAAACGCGUGACUCAGACUGUUAAGCAUCCACGUCGCAUUCACCAUUCUAUCCCCCGUCUCCUUCUCUGUGCACCUUCCAUCCUCAUUCCAUUAGUUUAAAGUUGAAACGAGAAACGAGACAGAGACUCAAAGAUUCAGAUACUUUGAGGAGCGUGUUGCAGAUUCUUUCUGUGCCCAACACUUGUAGAGUCUGAAUGAGAAUUACUCGUAUAUUUUAUUAGUUGCAAGCCGUAGCCGUACGCUAACAAAAUAUUUAUUCUAGUGCUAGGUCUAUUUAUUUAUUUAUUUAUUUAUUUGUACGAUUAAACCCCGAAAAACCCCGCUUUUGAUUCAACUAAAAAUAAAUUGUUAAUUUUCAUAGGCAAAUUGUUGUUAUGUUAAAGUGAAAGACAAGUGAAAGAGAUUGAGAUUGAGUUUGAGUUUGAGAGAGAGCAAAUGUUUUUAGUUCAAUUGAAUUUACUAAUUUAUCUAAUUAUACGAUUAAUUUUUUUAUCUCUUUACGUUUUAUGUUAAUUGUUAAGCGAACGAACAAAUCGAUGCGAAAAGGAA